AUGUCGUCCGUGGAGUCCAUCCGGAGAUUAAGCUACAGCACGGAGGCCGACGACGAGACAACCCGGUUUCUGAACCAGAUCCAUGAACAAGCGGCUUGGGGACGCGAGAGGCGGCGCUUGAGAUGGGCUGUGUGGCUAUGGUUCACGACCACUUUGCUCUUCGCCGGGUUCUCGAUCUGGCUCACUGCGAGGCGGCCAUUUGCGAGCCAUUUUGGAUCGUUUGAGACGGGAUACGCGACAGAUUUUAAAGCAGCAACCGAGCACAUCGAGCUACACGUUUCGACUUUCGAGGGGACCCCAGCCUUUAUGGACGACGGGACUGAAUACAUACCUGGGCGAAAGGAUGGAACGGAAAGACUAAAAUUCACGGGCACGCCAAGCAGAGAAAUCGACGUCAACUGGUACGAUCUUCACUUGGGGGAGGGUCACUUUUUCAUCGUCACCGAGGAUGAGGCUCGAGAAGCAUGGGGUCCGGAAUAUGUGAAAUACUGGGAACCAAGAGCAGGAGGUUACGUUGCCACCGUCGAGGUCAUGCACCUUAUCCACUGUCUGGCAAGUGAUACUCCCCAUCCCCGACCGUGGCCCUUCUCCCCUAUGUGA